CACACACUCUCUCGUCUGCCUCUCCCUCAUUGCCCUUCCCUGAGACGUUAAGUUUGAUAUCUUAGUAAGUUUUCCACAUUCUCCCAAAGUACAAACACUCACCACUAUUGUUUUGUAGGCUUUCUACGUAACUGAGCUGAGUGAUACUGAUAAGUGAAUGAUAUAUGCGGACUGCGGGGGAUGUAGAAACAGUGCAAGACAAGAGAAGAGGCGGUCGGUUCACCAUGUUCACGGACGUCACAGCAACGCAGCACCCCUUUUUUUAUUUAUUAACUAAACUUUAAAAGAGUAAAGGAGUCACAGACUUUGCUUAAUCGUACGAACCUUGUUUUGAAAAAGUUGUGUGGUUACUAAAGACAAAACUGCGAACAUGAUGGAUGGACAAGAAGACACAACAUUACAGGGACGGGAUGCAGAUCUAAAUUCGGACAACAAUGCUGAUGCAGAAAAUAUAGAUGAAAAAUCAACUGAUUCAUCAUCAGCAGAAGAAGAAACAGCUGGAACCGAAGAGGAGGCAGCUGCAGGCGACCAUAAUGUGGUGGGAUUGGAGAAGGUUGAUGCAACUGGUGAGGAUGACGUCAAGUCCUCUACUACUACUGGCACUGCAGCUUCAAAAUCACUGGCAGAUAAACAGUUCAAUGCGUUGUUUGAUUCGGUCCAAGAAAGAGCAAAUGGAGAGCUGGCUCAUGAGCAAAUUGCAGAGGAACAAGAAGAAUCAGAUGAGGAACUCCAAGACGCAGGCAAUAUGGAUGAUCCUCAACAUCAUAACAUACACUGUGACCUUGUGACCCCUGAGCUCAGCGCCGAGGACCAGCAGAAACCCUCAAGCCCACCAAAAUUAUCACACAAGAAACAGUACAAGAAAAGAAGCCCAAAAACUGAUCACAACAAGAAACGCAGCAGGAAACUUGAAUAUCAGAGCAUAGUCCCAGAUGUGUCUCUUCACAAAGCCAUCAAACGGAAACUCCUCCCAAAGUCCAACCCCAAAGUCAAGAAGCAGCGUGUCAAUAAGAAGAAGCAACUUCAAGAACGCAACAUCCAAGAAGAUGGAACGUGGGUUCAGUGUAUGCACAGUGAAUGUAUGAAAUGGCGUUAUCUCCGAGAUGUUACUGACCCGUCUCUGAUACCUGAAUAUUGGGUCUGUGAGAAGAAUUCAGACCCAGUGUACAAUUCCUGUGACAAAUCUGAAGAGGAUUGGCACUAUCUUGAGUUUGUCUUCACAAAGUUUACUGAGGGAUCCAUCGUCUGGGCCAAGAUGCAAGGAUUCCCAUGGUGGCCAGCUAUGGUUGAAGAGGAUCCAGACACAGGCACCUACUGUGAACAUGAAGACACAGAGACGUACCCAACACAAUUUCAUGUUGUGUUUUUGGAUAAAAAUGUCUCAAGAACAUGGCUGAAGACCAGCUCUGUCAGAAACUUUGAAGCGGAAGAAAACAUACAGACUCAAGCUAAAGGCAAGUCGUUCAAGAAUCAACUCAGUCAUGCAGUUGCCAGAGCUAAGAAGGCACUUUCCAUGAAAAUACAGGAUCGCAUAAAAACGUUCGGCUUUAGUCACACCUUCAAAGGUAAAAUUGUGGAGGACUCACAAGACACAGUUGAGGGCUCAGACAAAGAUGACUCUGAUGAUGAGACAAAGGAUGAAGAUGUUGAACUAGAUCUUGAGAUGCUAGGUGUGGAUGUGGAUGAGAUCCUUGAGCAAGCAGAGGCACUCCUUAGUGAGGCAGGAGAGACUAUACAUUCCUUGCAAGACACCUCAACAGCUGAUGAUUUUCCAGAGAAAGAAAAGAGAGGAAGAAAGCGAAAAAAGGCAGAAAGUGAGAGUGAUAAGAAAGACCAGAAAAAGAAGAAAGUUAGAAGUCACAAAGAGAAAGAAAAGGGAGUUAAGAAGAACAAAGCAGACAAGAAGGAAAAGAAACACAAGUCUCAUCACCAUCACUCGAAGAAAGACAAGAAGAUGGCUGUUAAGGAAGACCCACAGGCCGUGACUACCAAGAAAGAUGAGAACCAAACAGGUGACAAGACGACUCAAGACAUCAAAAGUAAUGAGGUAAAUGAUAAAGAGGCAGAACCUGAGACCCAAAAUAAGGAGACAAAAGAAGGCAAUCUUUCACCAAAGAAGACGAAGAAACGACAGUAUAAGAAAAAGGCCACUGCUCAAGUGGGAGAUCAAGAUCCAAAUCAUCUAUCAACUGAUGGCGAAAAAGGUGAAACAGAAGGGGAGGCGUCGAGCGCCAGGAGCAAGAAGGACGAGAAAAAGAUCAAAAAACAGAAUGUGAAGAAAAAUCAAACCCUUGAGAGUGAUCCAAACCAUCAAAAAAAUGUUACUGAGGGUGAGGUUGUCCAGGAGGCGGUGAAAGUUAAAGCUAAGAAGGUCAAAGAGCCAAACGUCACGACAUCUGACAGCGAAACAAAAGUCAAGAAACCAAGAGUGAGGAAGGUAGUUGCUCCAAAACAAAAGCCAGAAAAAUCAACUGUGAACUUGGAGGUAGCGUCAGACGGUAAGAAGAAUAUCGCAAGCAAAGAUGCAACAUCAACCCCCAAGGCUAAGAAGAGGAGCAAGAAAGAUGAGGCUGCCCCUAAGAUGAAGCCGACAUUCAAACCACCUUCCAAACCCAAGAAAGAUAUACUGAAGGAGAUGAAAAGUGCACCCUUCAAAGCCCCUUUGAUGAAAACAGAACCAUCUUUGGAAAAAGAGCACAAGAAAGAUAUUCUAAAGGAUGUGGCAGAUGAUAACAAAACAGUUCAAGACGGUGAAUUCAACGCUACAGCAAAUGAUCAAAACAGUCCUGGGAAUACCAAGACCGAAAACAAACCCCAAGUACAGGAUCAAUCGAAGAAAUCAGGUGAAAAUGAUGCUGUUAAGACUAAAGAAAAAGCCAGCAAAUUCAGCAUCAAGAAGAAGAAUCCAACAAAUGAAAAUUCUUCUCCCGUCACAUCAAUUGAACCAACCAAGAAUUCAGCAACCUCAUCAAGCAUCACAGAAGAGAAAUCGAAGAAGCUGAAAAAGAAGGCUCCUCCAAAGAAGUUCAGUAUCAAACAAAAACCUGUUGAGUCAGCUAAUCUUCCGUCGCUAACACCUGUUCAGCAAAUCACUGAUGAAUCUGCCAAGAUUGAGGAGUCGGAUGAGGGGAGGAGUAAACCAUCUGCUGAGAAACUGGACGUUGAAAAGCCAGGUCUGCUUCAAAAAGCUGCUCCAAAGAAGUUUAGUAUUAAGCGAAAAGAAGCACCAGCUGAUGCCAACAAAAAGGUAAAGAAUGAAGACUCACCCAAAGUAGCAGAGUCAAGACAUCAAGAAGAGCAAAGUCAAGGCGUGGAGGAUGACAAUGUGCUCCAUCUUGAUAUAGAUGAAGAUUCUCUCUCAAAGGAUGUAGCCAUGGCAAUCGAGAAGCUAGAAGAAGAGGUGGAUGGAGAUAGUGAUGACUUCAGUAUGGAUGAUUUGACAGAUUGGCCGAAAGACCCAGACGCUAAGGAUGAGGUGAUGGAAGAUAAUCCUGUUAAAUUGCCCAAGCUGGUGGACGAAAAUGAUGUCAACUCACAGCCAUUUGUAAUAGUUGAGGAAUAAAAACUGCUUCUAACCUCUGAGAGACCUACAAGUUGUUAGGGGUAGUAGACAACAAAAUAAUGCUUCUUUCAAUUUCGCGAUUCAAGAGCUCAAGAAAAUUUGUGUCUUAGGCCUGUAAUCCAUCUUGUAUAGGUGGAGCUUUUCCCAAAGUAAA